GUAACUGAAUUGAUAGAACGCGUGCGCGAUAAAUGUCACAUCAAGGCAAUAAUAAAUUUCGAAAUGCAUAUUGUGAUUUUAAAGCACGCGGUGAUACUGUAUGUCAUUUCAUUGUCAGAUUGUCGUGAACCAGCUUGAAGAAAUCUUGCAUCAUUCGAUAAAAAUUAUUUGCAGAUAAAAUGGGGAUAACUAUAAGAAUAAUUGAAAGAAACGGUAAAUUUAUUGUUUCCGUGUCGGGAAAAAUAGAAAAAACUGAAAAGAUUUAUCGUGAGUACGAAGAUUUUUUAGGAAGUACUAGCCCGCGCAAUUGCGAAUUUGAAGGUCAGGUGAGGCAUGACAAGGCGUGCCAAAAUUUGUCAACCGUGUUGGCAAUAUGGAGGAGCCGACCGUCAUUCAAGCAUAAAAUUCUCUCAAUAUCUGACAUCAAUUUAGCAGUUAGAAGGAAUACCGUGACAAUUAAAUUUCAAGUUUUUGAAAACAACGAUUAUUUCAACAAUAAGCAUUGUAAUGUAGGGCUGGAGAAGCAAGUUUUGAACUCCGUGUCAUCUCUUUGGUCGAACGCGAAACCCUACUUUGACGGCGAAAUCAUUGAUUACGAAAUAGAAACCGAGAACAGUUCGUCGUUUUAUUAUUCCCAACCGUGGGGCAAAAGCACGGAUCGUUCCAAGUUGAGGGUACUAAAGGAUCCUUCUUAUUCAUUGUAUUAUCCAAUAGUCACGAUCAAACCUCGAAGGACGCUAAAUGUUGAAUUGGACGCUAUCAAAACUACGCUCAAUAUAAAAAUAACAUACAAGUGUUAUUACGAUGGGGAUAUUUCUUAUUCUUAUGAAACUAUCCAGGCUGAAUUUUACAGCAAUCCAGAAAUUAAAUUUUAGAAUCUUAUUAAAAUUUUAUUUAUAGCUCAAGAGUUAA